AGACUGGCAGCCAUGCUGACCAGCUUUAUUGAAGGUCUCCUCUGCUGCCUCACCUCAAAAUCAGCCAACACUGUGGUUCCUGUGGAAACCUCAGAACCCGCCGACGGCUACGAGUUCGUGGAGGUAAAACCAGGCCGGGUCCUGCGGGUUCGACACAUCAUUCCUGACAGGUCCAUGGUGGAGGAGCCUACUCAGGGUGGCAGCGUUAGCUGCAAGAGAAAGAUCACUGUGUACCGAAAUGGUCAGCUGUUCAUUGAGAACUUGGGUGAGAGGGCCAGUCCAGAGCUGAAAACCUGCCCGAAUGGAGAGACGCAACCAAACAGCACAGUGGAGGUGGAACUGACGGACUGUCGUAACUCCUCGACGCCUGUGAACAUUCCCGAGCCCCGCGCCGACUCCGUCUCCGCUGGAAACAACGGAGCAUCUGAGACGGGGGCGGCAGGAGAGGCCCCCGCUGCCGGACAAACUGACCAGCAGCCCAGGAAGCGGAGGCGGAAACCCAAACGCACUGUGGUCAUUGACUGUGAGAGGAAGAUAUCAGCCUGUAAGGGGACACAUUCAGACCUGGCUUUGUUCUUCAUCCAUGGGGUGGGAGGCUCGCUAGAUAUCUGGGGAAGCCAGCUGGACUUCUUUUCCCAUCUUGGCUAUGAGGUGAUUGCCCCGGACCUGGCAGGCCAUGGAGCCAGUUCAGCUCCACAGAUAGCAGCAGCAUACACUUUCUACGCCCUGGCAGAAGACAUGAGACUGAUCUUCAAGAGAUAUGCGCGGAAGAGGAAUAUUCUUAUUGGACAUUCUUAUGGUGUGUCGUUCUGUACGUUCCUGGCCCAUGAGUUCCCUGACCAGAUUCAAAAGAUGGUGAUGAUCAACGGUGGCGGUCCCACAGCCCUUGAGCCCAGCCUGUGCUCCAUCUUCAACCUUCCCACCUGUGUUCUUCACUGCCUCUCCCCACUGCUGGCCUGGAGCUUUCUCAAGGCUGGCUUUGCUCGGCAGGGAGCCAAGGAGAAGCAGUUGCUGAAAGAGAACAAUGCCUUCAAUGUGUCGUCAUUCGUGUUGCGUGCCAUGAUGAGCGGGCAGUACUGGCCUGAGGGGGACGAGGUUUACCACGCUGAGCUCACCGUGCCUGUCCUGCUGGUUCACGGGAUGCACGACAAGUUUGUCCCUGUUGAAGAAGACCAGCGGAUGGCAGAGAUCCUCCUAAUGGCGUUCCUCAAGGUCCUGGAAGACGGUAGUCACAUGAUCAUGAUGGAGUGCCCCGAGGCAGUCAACACACUCUUGCAUGAAUUCUUCCUCUGGGAACCUAUCACCAUUCCACCACCAAAGAAAGAGCCCAAAAACCGUCCAGAAACUGCCAAAGCUCACAGUGACAGCGCUAAGGCUAUAUCUGAGCCCGCCAAGGUCCGGCCUGCAACGGCCAGGCAAAUCUGA